AUGAACGCGCUCCUGGCCAGCAUCUUUUCGCCUCUCAAAGAGACGGCCAGUUCGCGCAAUGGCCAAGCUCUCGACCGUCUUGAGGGCUUCGCCACACCGACAAAAAAACGAGGGCCUCCGAAGCGGACGGCACGCAAGUCGGUGUCGUUUGAUAUGACUCCCAAGGCACAGGUUAAGCACACACCACCCAAGUCAGGGCCCGCGCCACGCGAGUCGGACGAGCCUACGAAUGGCUGGGACUUGAUUGAUGAGCCGGGGCGUGAAGUUUCACAUGCGGAUGAGCUUGCUGCAGAGGUCACAGAGCCUACUGUACCCGUAGACGAACCAUCAGCGACGACAGAACCUGCCGAUAAAGCUACCGACGCUGGCCCCGACACGGUCGACCCCGCAAGCGACGAAUUUGCCUUCAAAGAGCUUACUGGCCACCGGUGGGACGGCGACUCUAUACAGAUUCAAGUGAAAUGGGAAAAUGGCCAGCGUACGUGGGAGCCCGAGACGAUGCUGCAUGACGACGCGCCGCAGGCGCUGCUCGACUAUUGGCGGCGGCAGCCAGGCGGGCGACCCGACAACCCGCGACAGCCUGGUCUCUACGAGAUUCACGCCAUCCGCAAGCAUAGCCGCGACCGCAAGCGCCUCUUUGUCGAAUGGGUUGGCUUCGGGCCCAAUGAGAGCACGUGGGAACCGCGAAAGGCCGUGGCGGAUGCGGCGCCCGAGAUUUUGAGCGACUACUUUGACAGUUUGCCGCGGACGAAGCGGCGACGGGUGCGGUAG